GAUAUGAGAAGCACAUAACCAACCAUAAUAUCCACUGAUUCAAGUGUCUCAUAUGUUUUGCCCUAGACACGUGGCUUUAUCCUAUUCCCGAAUGAUAAUCUCUUCGGCCACCGGAGAGACACAGAAAGAAUAUAGGGAAAGAGAGAGAGAGAGAGAGAGAGAGAGAGAGAGAGAGAGAGAGAGUGAAGAGCUAAAGAGGUGUGAGAAAGAGGAGAGAGAGAGAAAUGAAUCAAGAUCAUGAGUUAUGGCGAACGCUACGAUGCGCAAGUGAUAAGGCGCAAGUUAAGAGCUCUGUUGAUACUCUCAUGCUAAAGUACCGUCCGAUCGCUCCGAAGCCGACAACGACUGGUCAACCAUUAAUCGUCGGAGACACGAGCAAAAGAAGGACGAAGAGAAAGUACGUUAGGGUUUCUAACAACAAUAAAGCCACGUGUCGAUCAAAGAACGGGGUUAGAUCUACCUCAACAGAUCCGGAGAAUGUCCGAGAAGAUCUCGUGACGCUACAGCUCUUGCCUGAGAGAUCUACGUCGUCGUUGAGAUUGGAUCAUAAUAAUAAUCUCGAUCCAACGGUGGAAACAAUCAUCGGAGAUGAAACCUGUAAAACCGCCACGUGGCUCAAGUUUCACGUCGGAGAUGACGUUGUGCAUCCUGCUCCGGUGGAGACGUGGGUUACGGUGGAAUCCGUUAACGGUGGCUCCGUUUCCCAUGCGUUAGGGUGUACAGACGAAGAGAUAGUGGACGCUUUAGAUAAAGACACGUGUCCUGGUUUCGUAUCGGAUGGUUCGAAUCGUGUGGUGAUGGUGAACGAGGCUUACCGGAGGACAGUAACCGGAGACGGUGGAUUCGAAAAAGAGCCGUCGUGGUUGUUGCCGGAAGUGAUUGUGUGGUUGGUGGUUGACCAAACGACGACGUUUUGUGAGUACCGAACUUUCACGUGUAAGGUGAGACUUGAGUACACGUGGAGAGAGACCAGGUAUGUUAAAACGGUGCCGUGUGAUGUGUGGAAGAUGGAGUUUGGUGGAUUUGCAUGGAGGUUGGACACUAGUGCAGCUCUAACUCUUUGGCUUUGAGUUAGCUAGAGAAUAGCGAUGCUUAGAGAGGGUAAGAUUAAUUAAGAUCAAGAUCAUGUGGUUAAGGUUCAUAUCACAAUCUCAAACCUUAAUCACUUUUUGGCACUUCGUUUAAUUGGGAAAUUAUAAUAAGUAAUACAAAUUAAAGAGAAA